CCUCUUCGGGCUGUUUAUAGAGAAGGGCGAGUUUGUUUUUGUCGGUGGACCAGUUUACUUCUGCUGCUCUGAAAUAGGCUGCCAAUAAACUUAUGCUUGGUUAUUCCGUUCUGUAAAACUGCUAAUUCAUACUUUUUGAAUGAUGACAUGGCAGACAAUGAGCUUGUUGCCUUCAGGGAACGCUGGAAUCAAGAGUUAAAGAGCAGAAAAGAAGAGAGCCCUCUCGCCUGUGCUUCUUCCUCCUCCUCUGGGGAUGAUCCCGGUCAAUUAGGACACAAAGACUUAAACAAAUCUUGUGAUACUUUAAAACAAAAGGAAUCAAGCUGCACCGAGGAUGAGAGAAGUGGUGGAAACGCUGCUGCAGAGGCAGGUCAGCCUCAGUAUGUCUCCAUUGCACACAGUCUGUUGGAUGGGAGGACCAGUCCCCUGCUGGACAGGAUCCAGCAGGAGAAAAUGAGGAGAAAGAGGCAGUUUCAUAACAUGACCAACAUGUGCAGCGUGUCCCGGCAGCAGCAGAUGCAGCCUCAGAGAAAGGUGAAGAAAGAAGAGGAGCUUGUGGAUCAACUCAUUCAGGAUCUGAAUGAAGUCAACGACAUUCCCUUCUUUGAUGUUGAGUUGCCCUACGAAUUAGCCAUGAAGAUAUUCGAGUUUCUCAACUGCGCAGAACUCGGCCGCUGUGCCCAGGUGAGCAGGGCAUGGAGAGUCCUCGCAGAGGAUGGCGUUCUGUGGUUCAGGAUGUGCCAGAGGGAGGGUUACCACCAGGAUGCCAACGUGUCCAGCUCGCCCUGUUGGAAGAGCACCUUGCGAGACUGCAGGAACUCGUACAGAGCUGUCUGCUCCAACUGGAAGAAUCGAGUGGGAUGCGUCAGGCAGCUGCAGUUCGAGUUGGGGAAGAUUCUGUGUAACGUCAGCUCCUGUGACAGCUUUGUGUUGGCUGGGUACACAUCUGGUGAUGUUAGGCUUUGGAAUACGUUGCACUGGGAUUUAACAUCCUCGUACCUCAAAACCAACAGUCUGUCAGCGAACACACACCCUAGACCACACGUUAGUCAUGUCCAGGUCAACAGCACAGUGGCUGCUGCUUCCUACGAGGAUGGCUGUGUAGACCUGUGGAGUACAGAAACCGGUGGGGAGCCCAUCCACCACUACCAGAGUCCUGGGAGGAUCCAGGCUUUUGGUCUGAGUCUGGACAGUCCCGUCCUGGUCUCUGCCACAGGAACAAAGGUUCGGCUCGACAGCGCAGACGAUUAUGGACACUGGAGGACAGUCUGUGAGACUAAGUUACCCAAAACGGUAGAGAGCCUGACUCUGGUACCCAACCGGACAGAACAGUCCCCACUGGUGGUUUUAGCAGCUGGAGAAGACAUCUACUUGUUGAACCCUCAGGAGGAAGAGCAGCCAAGGACUCUGCACUCUGUUUAUGGUCAUCCUGUAACCUGUUUGGAUGCAUCUAACACUCUCUCUGCUUUUGGGGUGAAGCGCACAGGCUGGGCCAUGCAUGAUGGAGGCAACAAGAUCCAUGUCUACAGCUUGGAGACGGGGAAACCGACAGUUUGUGUCGGAAGCUCACCGGGAGAUUUCACUUGCGUCAACCUGAGAGACAGCCCCCCUCAUCUGCUAGUGUGUGGAAACAAAGACAGGAGAGUUAGGGUGUUUGACCUCAGAUCUGGCUCUUCUGUGGCGUCCCUUUACGCCCACUACCUGGGCGUCACCUCAGUGCAGGCAGAUGGCUGGAAGAUCGUGAGCGGUGGAGGCGAAGGACUGGUUUGUGUUUGGGAGAUGAGGAUGGGAACUAAGCUGUGGGAGAUGUACAACAGGCAUCCUGUAAGGCAUGUUCGCUUCAACACCAGCACCCUGGUAACAGCCAACAUCCCAGAUGACAAGUCACCACGUGGAGCCUGCAUUACAGACGAUGACCUCACAGCUCACCGCAGACACAGAGGAGUCAUCUGCCAUUAUGAUUUCGCCGAGGACGUCCUGUCACAGGAUCAUAUCUUACCCAUCUGCAGGUCCAACUACUCUGACUCAUAUGGCUACAACUACAACAUUAACCUGGCGGUGCCCUACGACAGGUUAUCUGGCUCCCAUCCAUCUCACUAAACCCUGCUAACAAAAUACUGACUGUGGAGCAGAGCGGACAAGAGACAUUAAUCUGUCUGAUUCUGAAACUGCAAAUGUUUAGUUAUCAGGCCACAAAUGCAUGCCACAGAAACGUUACCAUCCCUGUCAAAUGAAGGCUUUUUGGAAAUAUACUUCAUGUGCUUAUGUUAGGAUGCAAACUGCUCAGAUGCUACAAGAUAACUGCCUUGUAAAAUAUUGCUGUAGAUUUAUUUGUUUUAAUGAUGUUUGACUUUUUAAAUCUGAUGCAGUAUCUGAUUUAUGCACAAACAUAAUGUCACAUGUAUCAGUUUUUCAGGAAGAAAAUUAAAUAAAUCCAGAUAUUUACCAUU